AUGUCUACUGAAAAGAAGUUCGACAACCUCCACACCGAGAUGUUCGAUCUCGGCCUCCAAAACCGCCGAGAGGUCGUUGGAGACGCCUACGUCAAUGCCGCCCUCGAGAACGGCAAGAGCGAAUUCGCUUACCCUGGCCAGCAGCUCGUCACCGAGUGGUGUUGGGGCAAUAUUUGGUCUCGCCCAGGCCUCGAGCAGAAGCAACGCAGCCUGCUAAACAUUGGCAUGUUGAUUGCCCUCAAGAGCUGGCCAGAGCUGGGUGUCCACGUCCGUGGCGCCCUGAACAACGGUCUCACCGAGAUUGAGGUCCGUGAGGCCAUUCUCCAUGCUACCAUCUACUGCGGCGUACCAGCUGGCGUCGAGGCUUUCAAGGUUGCUCAGAAGACAAUUAAUGAUAUGGUUGAGAAGGGAGAACACAAGAGGGAGCUGGCCGAGGUGUCGCCAUUCCUCGAAAAGUCUGCGUAA